AUGGCACCGGUGCCAGAGGAUCUUGUGUCGAAAUUGGGGUCCAAGAACAACAAAGAGAUUGAUGAGUGGACCAACCAAGUUGAAGAGGUUACCUCCCAAAUCCGUGGCAUCAUCGAUGGGACGAUCACAGACUUUGAGGCCUUUGAUCAGCAGCUUGCCCUCAAGGAGCGUGCCAAGCAGAUACGGCAGGAGGAGUUGCUUCAACGAAAGCAACGGCUGCUGUUAUAUGGCAACGAAGGAAAGGGCGAAGGCACCAAAUACAAGUGGUGGUGCAAGAGAUGCUUCGUGGAGUAUACCAUUGAUUUGCCGGAAGGCCAAUGCACCAGGUGCCGCCAGGCGGAUCAGCUAAUGUCUCAAGAAGCACGGCGUCAGGAGCUGAUGGGGAAGCUGGAGGUCUUCAAAGAAGAGAAAGCAAAGCACAAAUGGCGGAAAGACAAGUGGAACCGAUGGAAGAAGUCCCAAGCACUUCUGGGGAAAAGCCGAUUUAUAAACUACAAGGCCUGGGAGUACUGGGAGCCUGAUACAGAUUCCGAAGAAGAGGGCGAUCCCAUUGUGCCCAGGGACAAUCCCGAAUUCCUCGCGAUGGAGGCUGACUUGAAGGAGAGAAAAAGGAAGCAAUCUGAAAAAGCAAUCACGGCGGAAAAAUGCCGUCAAAGGGGAAAUCAGUGCAUGAGCGAGGGAGACUAUGUUGGUGCAAUCGAAAACUAUGAUGAAGGUUUGGAGUACCGUCGAGAUUGUAAAGCUCUGUGGACCAACAAAGCUUUGGCUGAGCUCAAAGUGUUUAGAUGGCAUGAUGCGGUGGCUUCUUGCAACAAAGUCAUUGAAUAUGCCGAGAUUUUCGAGGAAGGCUUUGCCAAGAGUGCUGAUGCAUGUUUCAAAGCUUUCACUCGAAGAGCUACAGCUUUGCGGGGCUUGCACCGGUGGGAGGAUGCUGUGAACGACUUAGAAGAUGCACUUAGCAUCUACCCCAAGAGCAAAGAAGCCUUGGAUCUCUUGGAGAAGACCAGACAAGCCUGCUUGGAGGCCAAGAAGGCCCAGAGAUCUCAGGAGUCACCGGAGCCACCAAGGCCCGAGGAAACUGGGACGGUGCGCGUGGAGAUUGAAGAAAGCUUUGAAGAUAGAGCAAAGAAGGCUGCAGACAAGCUUGAGCUUGGUGUCGAAGCGAUGGAGGAGGUCAUGAAGGGAUUGACCAUGGAGAGCCCCAUGGAGAUCUCGCCCCUGGUACCUCAGAUCGUGGAGGUGCUCCGGCCCCAUCUUCGACCCAUGGAUCUUCGUCUUUGUGGAAAAACUGCUGGGGCCCUUUGCAAUUUGCUACGCUUGAAGCCAGAGGAGGCGCUGGUGCUGGAUUGGCGUUUCGUUUUGCCCGCUGGCGCCGUGCUGGUGCUGGUGCAGGCGGUGCAAAUGACUUCCGGACUUGGUCCUGCAACUCCGCAGCUCUUGGGCGCUUUGGUUAACCUGGCAGUUGCAAGACCCACGGCUCUGGUUGAGAUGCAGCAUUUGGGCACCCUCCAAGUGGUAAUUCCUUUGAUCGAUCCUGAAGCCUAUGGCUCAAACAGUGCCGACAAGGUGAUCUCUACCCGCGCAUGUUUGGUGUCGAGUCGACUGCUUGGAGCUUUUCCAGAUGGUCUCAGCCUGGAUCAAGAAGCAGAACUACUUUUUCGCCUGUCCCAGAUUCUGACCAAGGUCAGUAUCCCUGAGAUCCAGGCCGAUGUUGCACAGUUCAGCUCUGUUGAGAAGACUCCAACAUUAGAGGCCAUGGACCCACCGCUUCGGGUGCUGGUCACCCUGCUGACGAAGGCUCCAGGUGCCCUGGACAGGUUCGUCUCAGGAACGAGCUUGAAGACUGGAGAUUGCUCGAUCUCAUUCUCUGGACUCAUGGGGAAGGUGUUUGAGUUCAUUCGUGUGCUGCAGCCUGCGAGCCAUGUUGCUCUGGAUGAGGAAUCCUCAACGCCUUCCAGGCUGCGUGGAAAUUUGGCACUUCUAGUGAGCUUGCUGAGUGAUCGACAAGCUUCGGAGAACGCGGACUUGGAUCUUUCCAUGGUGGUCCCUGUGCUGGUGGAGAUGCUUCGCAAGGAACGAGGAUCUGCUCAGCACAACCUGGGCGUUUCCGUGACCAAAUUGGCACAGAAUCCGCGCUACCGGGACCAAGUCCGUGAGUUGAACGGCCUUGAAUCCCUUCAUCAGAUUCAGUUCCGUGGCGCAAGAGACUGUACAAGUAUCCCCUAA